AUGAUUUCACCUGAGAUAAAUCCAGGAUGCCGGAUAAAUUUGCAGCACAUAGAACCACACCACCUUGCUCCAUACCUAGACAUCUUGCGGACGACGUCUCUCAUGGCCUGUUUCUACUCUGAGUAUAGCAAACAUUAUGAUGAGGACUAUUUCAACAAAACAUCUCACGUCAUCACCAUCUGUAAACCAGGAACGAUGUGCUCGAAUUCACAACACUCGGACAGCUAUGAAAGAGGCUGCUACAACUCAAAAAAUCACGUUCACCACCAGACCUGCAGAGGAGACUUCUGUAACAACAUGACUUCGACAGAAAUGGUGUUGGUGAAUGAGAUUCUUAGAUUUACGCCAACAACAGUUGAAACAACUACUGUUAAUUGUCCAAAUAAUCCCCAGCAUGUGUGUCUGGAUGACUUGUCGUUUUGUUCAUAUUAUAAUUCAAUGACUGGUGCCUGUAAUAGACCGAUCGACAAGACCUCUGAAGACUUCUUCAACAGAUGUUCGCUUUUCUGUAAAAGAUGCUCAGAGUAUUGUCAAUAUAUUUCCAUUAAAACCACCCAAUCUCCAGGUACUGGUACUCCCCUUGAAGCACCAGAGAUAAACCCAGACUGCCGGAUAAACAUCUUACGGACGACGUCUCUAGUGGCCUGUUUCUACUCUGAGUAUAGCAAACAUUAUGAUGAGGACUAUUUCAACAAAACAUCUCACGUCAUCACCAUCUGUAAACCAGGAACGAUGUGCUCUAAUUCACGUCACUCAGACGCCUAUGAAAGAGGAUGUUACAACUCAAAAAACCACGCAAACCACCAGACCUGCAGAACAGAUUUCUGUAACAACAUGACUUCGACAGAAAUGGAUUUGGUGAAUAAUAUUCUUAGUUAUAUAACAACUACCACCACCUCAACAACAACAACAACACCAAAACCAACAACAACACCAAAACCAACAACAACAACAACACCAACACCAACAACACCAACAACACCAAAACCAACAACAACAACACCAAAACCAACAACAACACCAAAACCAACAACAACAACAACACCAAAACCAACAACAACACCAAAACCAACAACAACAACAACGCAAAAGCCAACAACAACAACAAUGUCUACAACAUCAACAACAACAACACCAAUGCCAACAACAACAACACCAACAACAACACCAAUGCCGACAACAACACCAAUACCAACAACAACGACACCAAAACCGACAACAACCACUACAACAGCUCCUAGUACAUCAACAAACACACCUUCCACAACAGUAACUAGUACAGCAAUGCCUAGCACAGCUACAACUACUAAACCUUCUACAGUUACAAAUACUACAACACAAACAGUUGUAACCUGCCCGAGUAGCCCCCAGCAUGUGUGUCGGGAUGACUUGUCGUUUUGCUCAUAUUAUAAUUCAAUUACUGGUGCCUGUAAUAGACCGAUCGACAAGACCUCUGAAGACUUCUUCAACAGAUGUUCGCUUUUCUGUAAAAGAUGCUCAGAGUAUUGUCAGUACCUUUCUUCCAAAACGACCCAACCACCAGUGACCCGGCAAUGUCACCAGUGUGGGGAUCCCCGUACUUCUACUCCCUGUUCCACCUUGGAGGUUUACACUGGACCCUCUACAUCGUGUCCCCAGGGACAUGACUUCUGUAUGACAGAUAUACAUCAUGAUCUCCAUGGUAAUGACAACAUCCUUAAGAGGUGUGUGACCAGACAGGAGUGUGAAACACAAUGGUUGUCUCAGACCUCUGACCAGGAUCACUGUAUCAACUUUGGUCAAGUUCCAAUCAGUGGGGAAUACACUUGUCACUUCUGCUGUACCAAAGAUGGGUGUAAUGCCCGGGUUCUCCCAGACCACAGUACACUAUUCACCAAAACAUAA